GCCGGCAAAGAGAGACCAGGAAGCUGCGGGCAAGUCCAUCUUUCCUAAAGGCAAGAGACUGCGAGUUCCCAGAAGGUCCCCUCUCCCCAUCAAGGAAAGCACCCGACAGGGCUAUUAUGUUUAAGGAUUAGGGGAUGAUGAGGCCAGGGUAGUCAGAAAGGCGCCAUAUUUGGUAUGCUCAUGGAGAGGCGCUGUUACAAGCAACCAGUGACAAUGAAGCCAGGCUGUCGCCAUAUUUUCUAAAGGCACCUUCCGGGUCGCUUAACCCGACUGUCUUAGGUCCAAGCGGCCAUGAAAUGAAUAAACACUAAGGAGUUUUAUUUGUCCCUAUCAGAAUCCCCGUAUCUCUAGCAGUUCGUUCCUGCUGCUUCUGUUCCCUCGACUACGUACAGACGCCAAGGCUGGGCGGGGCCCGAGCCUGGGCAGCCCUUCCUGUGGACAACGAAAGCUGAGCCCGGGAGCAGGGAGGCGGUGGCCUCGGAGACUAGGCGGCCGCUGCUCGGGGCUGGAAGGCCCCAUGGCGCCGCCCCCAGCCCCGCUCCUGGCUCGGAAACCCGGGGAGACCCGGCCUGGUUGCAGGAAGCCUGGGGCUGUGAGGUUUGCGGACGUGGCCGUGUACUUCUCCGCGGAGGAGUGGGGGUAUCUGCGGCCCGCGCAGAGGGCUCUGUACCGGGACGUGAUGCGUGAGACCUACGGCCACCUGGGCGCGCUCGGAUUCCUAGGCCCCAAACCAGCCCUCAUCUCUUGGAUGGAACAGGAGAGCGAGGCUUGGAGCCCCGCCGCCCAGGAUCCUGAGGAGGGGGAAAGCCUGGGAGGAGCUCGGAGAGGAGAUACCUCAAAUAAGGAAGAGAAUCCCAAGGAAGAGCCAACAGCUGAAGAACCUGGAAAGACCCCUGGAAAGGAGCAGCCUGAAGAACUGGUUAAACACAACUCUGACUGUACUGCUAGUGGGUCCUUGGCAAGAACAAAGCCACCUUCAAGAGCUUCCUGGGAUCAGAUCACAGGUGCAGAGACCACUGUCCCUGUGCCCACUGUGGAAGCUCAGGCCAGCCAGCGGCGACAUGUAUGUGCAGACUGUGGCCGCCGCUUCACCUACCCCUCGCUGCUAGUCAGCCAUCGGCGAAUGCACUCCGGUGAGCGGCCCUUUCCCUGCCCUGAGUGUGGCAUGCGCUUCAAGAGGAAGUUUGCUGUGGAAGCACACCAGUGGAUCCACCGCUCCUGCUCUGGGGGGCGUCGUGGCCGGAGGCCUGGGAUCCGGGCUGUGCCUCAGGCUCCAGUCCGAGGUGAUCGGGACCCACCUGUGCUGUUCCGACACUACCCAGACAUCUUUGAGGAGUGCACCUGAGCAGCUCCCAUGGGCUGGAGUUGAGCCUAACCUUGGCACUAAGGACUGACUGAGCCCUCAGGUAGACUCCUGAGUCAGGGACCUGGGAACUGAAAUUCAUCCCUUGGGCUUUCCUCAAGGAUCCCUCAAGUUUCCAACUUGUAAAAAGAGAAGUGCCUAUAAAGAUUCAAGUAGAUUAAACUUGCUACCCUUCUUCACAGUCUUUUUUAA